AUGCUAUUCUCAAAGUUUACCCUAACGAUUGUGACGGCUCUAGUGAGCACAGUGGCCUCAGCCCCUGCUCAGUUCGACUGGAAUGUCCCUGACGAUGGGAAAGUUGACGACCUUGUGACAAUCAACGCGAACCUUAACUGCGGGAAGUUGAUGCGUGGGUUGAACAAGGGGGACUGUGAAUAUAUGCAGAAAAUAGGAUUUAUUGGGCAAGGUAUUAAUGCCCAGUCCAAUAAUGGCAAGGCUUGGAUUGGAAACAAUGCCCCGUAUACUUUCACGUUCAUCAACAGGGCCACUCAGCCCAGUCCGGUUCCAGUCAUCAUUGUCGUUUGGGUGAGAGACAAUGCCAACGACUACUACUCUAUGGACAUGAGGCGCAAGCGCCCAUACAUCACAUUUUCUCUCCCAAAGGUCGGGGACAAGGUGACAAUCUCAAUGCCUGCGAACGUCAAUGGCGCGUUUGCAGCCCUGAACAACCGCCAGACUACUCUUAGCAACACUGGACAAAUCUACAAUACCUGGGGCGAGUUUUCAACUGGCCAGUGGGCAACGAUAGACGUUAGUCGCGAGAUCAAUAUGGGUGGCAACGUCAUGGAGAUGAAGGCUUCCAACGGCUGCGUCACCAACAUGAGCAGGUGUGUCUUCAAGUGCAAGAGAGGAAACACAUGCGGUGCCAAGAAUAGUUACGUGCUAGAGAACUGUGCGAGCGGAAGUCAACCUGGUGCUGGCCAUGGGACCGAUCCAUCGACUGGCGAUCCAAGCGGGGGUUGUGGAGGUUGGGGAUACAGCGGAAAGGGUCAUGUCGAUGUCUUUCUUGGGCGUCACUGA